AUGGCGGACGGAGGCUGGGGCGUGCGACGCCGACUGGCCAUCUGGGAGAGCCGAGCAGACUCGUUCCGCGAUAAAUCAAGCGCGGAUCCUGUACGAACCUCCACAUCAGGUUCGGGAGCUCCCGGAGCUCCCAGCGGCGCACCAGCGCAGUACGGCGCGUCGACAGCCGUUGGAUCAACGGCGACGGCGAACGGAGGGCGGAGAUGGGAACAGUGGGAUCGGACGUACGACAACGUUCAUUUCUCCACUCCGCGUGAUGGCCAGUUCGGUGGGCCCGGCGCGUCGUCAAGCUAUGUGCCCGAGGACCCUCGCUACACGCCUACAGGCAACCCGCCUGGCUAUCCCGUGGACUGGAAGCCCAAGGAGGUGUUCUUCAAGUUCCGCCAGCGCUUCAUGCAGUACAAGCUCGGGGCCAACGUGGAGCUCAGGCGCAGGCUGGAUCCCCCACAGCUUUCGACUACCUCCCUUUCUCCGAAGGCCCCUGUUGCGCCCAAGCACAACCCGCUGUCGCUGUGGGGUUUCCAGGUGCGGUUGGGGCUGGUUUGGAGGGUCGUCUUUGAGCCGCAGCGGGGAGACAUCCGCUUCCUCACCCGCAAGAUCCCCAUCAUGGGGCUGCUCAACCUGCAGGUGGGCAUAGGGCAUGACUUCAGGCACAACGCGACGGGGUGGAAAUGGAAAUUGACCUCCGUGCUCAUUUCAUCCCCUUUCUCCCUUCCCACCCCCCUUAUUUCAACCCUCAUCCCUCACCCUUCACCCCACCCACCCCCUUGCGCUUGCCCUUUUUCCCCCACAGGUGGGCAUUGGGCACGAUUUCAAGCACAACGCGACGGGGUGGAAGUGGUAACUCACCUCACUAAAGUCCCCACUUCAUUACCCUUGUCCCUCCCCAUCCCCAUUCUCCCUUCCCACCCCCCUCCACACCCCCCUUUUCCUUUCCCACCCCCCUUCUCUCUCCCCACCCCUCCCCUACUCUCCCACAGGAGGGCAUAG